AUGGUUGGGAAGGAUGUCCGAGCUGUGAAGGUGUACAGAAAUGUCAUCCACAGUUUGCUAGAGAAAGCUGGCUCGGUCAAGGAUACACCUUCAAUCGAGCCACCAGUGACGGAAGCUAGCUUAGGAGACAUUAUCGAUCGUGUUCUAACUGGCGACGAUGGUGCGCCAGGUGGGAGCAACCAGCAGACUCAGUUUGCAGCUGUUGAGACUGCAUUUCGCGAAAUCUUCUACGACCUGCUUGCCACAACAUCCAUCAAUGACCCGUCCUUUAUGCAAAUAUGGAACCUUUUGGACAUUGUCUCAAUAUUCUCGGAUAACGAAAAAUGCGAGCCUGGCCUUAUAUUCUGGCUUAUAGAGGAACUCUUGGAUAGCCAAACGAUAGACGGAUGUAGGAAGGUCUUCGAUUAUCUUGAAUCUAGGCGAGAACGCAAUACUGCUAAACACUUCAAACAAAAGAGCUUGAUAAUUCUCCGGUCAUGUAAUGAAUUACUGAGGAGACUAUCCCGUGCAGAGGACACAGUCUUUUGUGGGAGGGUUUUUAUUUUUCUUUUCCAAUCUUUCCCUUUGGGAGAUAAGAGUUCUGUGAACCUCAGGGGAGAAUAUCACACGGAAAACGUCACAACGUUCGACCUACAACCUAGGGCACAGGUGGAAGGUGAUGAAGUGAUGGAUAUAGAUAAACAAGAGAAUACAACCCUACUCUCAACCGCCAAGGGUAGCCAGCCGGAAUCAACAACCGUGCAUACACCUCAGGAAUCGGGCAUUGACUCUUCAGUGCAGCGCGCAGAGGAAUCUUAUGAUGAUAAACCAGAACUUGAACUUGACGCCCUUUACUCUGCCUUUUGGAGUCUUCAAGAGAGUUUUUCUAGACCCAUCAGACUGUUUGACGCAACACACUUUGCAUCUUUGAAAUCUGGACUGGAAGCGACGCUUUCAAGCUUUAGAAAAGUCAGCUCUAAGUUAGAGGUUCGUGGCACGACAAAGGGCUCAGACGAAUCACGGCGAGGUAUCAAGCGCAAGAGAGGUGAGGGGGGAUCCGAUUUAACGAAUAGCUUCAAUCCCAAAUACCUAACCAGUAGGGAUUUAUUCGAGCUUGAGAUCAAUGAUGUGUCUUUCCGCAGACACAUUCUAGUCCAAGCGUUGAUUCUUCUUGAUUUUCUGCUUUCACUAACGCCAAAGUCCAAGGCUAAACUAGCGGAUUCCACAAACAAAUCCGUUCUAUAUGGAUAUGUGUUGAGUGAUGAGGACUUAUUAAGUCUGGCAAUAACUAAGUCUGCUGUCAAGGCGAAAUGGGCAACACAAAUGAAAUCAUCUAUUGCGAGCUAUCUGCAAAAAGGCGCGGAUGGGAAGUUCUACUUCCGAAUGGUUGACACUGUACUAACAAGGGAUAAAAACUGGGUUCGAUGGAAAGCUGAAGGAUGCCCUCCCAUUGAACGACCGCCUGUUCCCGUCCAGAGUCAUUUGGAUACUCAGUCUAGCGCUGCCAAAAUAACAGCCAACAGGCGGCUUCGCGCCACGCCUAUGGGCUCACUGGACCUCAGUUUCCUAUCUGCAGAAUCAAACCUUGGAGAUCUUAACCGUUUGAAAGAACCUGAAAGAUUUGCAAUACCUAGCCUUGAUUUUUACAUGAGUGGCAUUACAGACGAUGAGUUUAAUAUCGACAUGGCAAAGGAUGAUGAUGAAAAAGAAGAGGCUGAGAAAGCCAAAGCUAGCAAAACUUGGAGGACCUUGCGGAUUGCUUCGAGGAGUAAACUGAGCCACCUGGAUAAGAUAGAUGACGGGAAAAAUUUGAAGGUGCUUUUCGACGUAGCGCCAACACCGACUGCCACCUCAGCGAAAUCUCAGGCAGAAAUUGAGAAUAGCGCUGAUGGCCCUAAAGACGAUGCAGCAACAGAGAACAGCGUUGAUAAUGCCGCCGCGGAGCAAACCCAACUUGCCCAAACUUGA